AUGACCUCCGUCGCUGCUCCCGCCGGCACCUUCUUGCCCGGCACAAAGGUACAUGUCGGCAGUCACCGCGUCGUUGUCGAGAAAUACCUGUCCGAGGGAGGGUUUGCCCAUGUGUACGUGGUGCGGCUGCCGCAGCCUGUCGACGACGUCGACACGGCGGUGUUGAAGCGCGUGGCCGUGCCGGACAAGAUGGCCCUUGCCAACAUGCGCACCGAGGUGGAGACGAUGAAAAAGCUCAAGGGCCACCGCCAUAUAGUCACCUACAUUGACUCGCACGCUUCUCAGCUGCGCGGCGGCGGCUACGAGGUCUUCCUCCUCAUGGAGUAUUGCGACGGAGGCGGCUUGAUCGAUUUCAUGAACACCCGCCUGCAGAACCGGCUGACCGAACCCGAGAUUCUGCACAUCUUCGACGAUGUCGCUGAGGGAGUCGCUUGCAUGCAUUACCUCAAGCCGCCCCUGCUGCACCGCGAUCUCAAGGUGGAGAACGUGCUCAUCUCGCGCGCCUCCGCCUCGGUAUGCUACAAGUUGUGCGACUUUGGUUCCGCCGCACCGCCCCGACCCGCGGCCACCACGGCCGCCGAGGGCAGGCUGAUCGAAGACGAUGUCCAGCGCCAUACCACCUUGCAGUACCGCAGCCCGGAGAUGAUCGAUGUCUACCGCAAGCAGCCCAUCGACGAGAAGAGCGACAUCUGGGCGCUGGGCGUCCUCCUGUACAAGCUGUGCUACUACACCACUCCCUUCGAGGAGGUCGGUCAGAUGGCCAUCCUGAACGCUAGCUUCAAAUUUCCUCCCUAUCCACAAUUCUCCGACCAGCUGAAGCUGCUCAUCGCAACCAUGUUGAAGGAAACCCCGCAAAAACGGCCCAAUAUCUACGAGGUCCUGUCUCAGGUGUGUCGUAUGCGAGGAAAGGAAGUUCCUAUUCGAGAUAUCUACGCCGGUCGUACAACCUCCGAGGCCCGUCGGUACCAGGAACUGCCUCCAUCGCCUGUCGAGGCGCCCCGGGUUGGCGCCGUGUUCUCGCCACCAAUGCAGGAGACUCGUAUCAUCCCGGAGAUUGCUCCUAUGCGACGUGGGCGACCGUCGAAGCCCUCCUCGCAGCAGUCGUCGGCCAAGCCAAGUCCAUCACCCUAUCGCGGCUCGACAGACCCGUUCGCCGCACUAGAUGGACACAGCACGAAAGGCGCUGCCACGGCGACCACGACCACCAGCGUCAAGACCGACGAGAUCUCCGCCCGCUUCCCGACACUAGAUCAGUUUUCUAUCCUACACGAAAAGGGCGACAAGUUUGACUUUGAGCCCACGUUAGCCGACUCCAAGGCGACUACCGAGGAUGAAGACCUGGCCCGGCGGUUAACCAACGCGUUGGCAGAUGAUGCCUUUGUGAAGCUGUCCUCCCCAGACAGCAAGCCUUCGGUGCGCGACCAGCCUUCGGUGCGCGAGUCCAGUUCCCACCGACGGCCGCAGACCUCUCCGAUGGAAACACGAGAUUCACCCCAGCAAAAGUGGCAGCAACAGCAGCAAACCCCGCUAUACCAACCCGUGCCCCAGAAGCCCAGCAUGGUAUCGACAGGGACGAUGACCUCGCCCCCGUCCACCCCGAAGCAGCCGCAGCCGUCGUUGUUGUCGAGCCGGCCGAUCUACCGAUUCCCCCCGUCGGAAUCAACAUCCUCGACCGCCGCCGACCACCGCGCGUCCAGCCAGCCGCAGCCAAGUCCGCGGACCUCGGCCGAGAAGAUCGCGGGACUUUCGGGCUCUGCACGGCCCUCGCUGGAGACAUCCCGUCCGUCCACACUGGACCUACUCGGCACGGUUGACCACGACCCCGUGACGCGAUCCAAGUCGGCCAAUGCGGCCAAGGUACGCCCGGUGUCAGUGCACGCAGGCGGCAUGCGUGAGCGAUCGCGCGAACCGGACACCACCCGCUCGUCGAUCGACGUGGUGCGAACGACGACGGCGGCGGCGGCAAACUACGAAGGCGGGGCGCCGCUGCGCCAUGCACGCACGGAGAUCGAGACGGAGCGCAGCCAGAUCGUGUCUGAUGUCGAUUACCUACGCGCCAAGGAGGAGGAAGAGAGCAACCGGAAGCGGGAAAAACGGUACAGUAGCAAUGGCGGGGUUGGCGGCGGGGCCAAACAUAUCAAGCGGACGAGUCUGUCGAACCUGUCGCUGGCCGGCACCAAGACUCUCUUUGCCGGGCGGUUCGGGGAGGCGUUUCGCCGGUUCGAAUCGAGCGGUAGCGGUAGCGAUAGCAACAAGGCGCGAACCCCGUCUCCGGACGAGACGGCGGUGCCUGCGCGACAACCCACGCCCGACAUGAGGGAAGGGGGUGUAGGGUCUAGCGGCGGGAAUGAUCUCCCCAUGGUCGAAGACGAGACAGCCGAGCCCGAGGACGACAUCUCGCCGGAGAUGCGACGCGAACUGGAGCGGCGGCGACUGUCGCAGGAGGAAAAGCGCGUGGCGCAGGCGGCAGCCGAUUACCGUCGUCGGGUGGCCGCCGGCGGCGGUGGAGGAGGAGGAGGAGGAGGAGGUGCUGGGAUGCGGUCUGCAAGCAUCCAGAACAAGGUGCAGUCGCUGCUGCAGGACCACAGCAACAAGCCACCGCCGCCCAAGACGGCGACCGGGUACGGCCGGUAUACGGAGGAGGCGGCCGUCACUUCUCCCAGCGAAGCGAAUGUGGUUGUUGCUGUGUCGACGGGGCAGCGGACGGGGUCGCGCCCUGCGGCACCGCCGAAGCCGAAGAAGCUGCAAGCUGUGAACGUGAACAGCGUGAGCACUGGAAAUGUGAACAGCGUGAGCACUGGAAAUGCUGGGACUCCUGCCAGUGUCGCCCCCGACAGUCCAGACUGGGAGACCAGCUUCAGCCGACGGUUCCCGAGUCUGUCGGGAUUGGAGAUGGUGGAGCGGGAGAUCGAGAUACCCAUCAUGAUACCUCUAACGAAAGAACAAGCUGAUUUUCCAGAUGACUUGAAGGAGGUAAUCCAGCACCUCUUUGAGAUCCAGUCCGCUGUCCACGGGUACCUUGGUCCAGAGACGCAACAAGAGCUAGUCAGGAAGAUAAAAAACCUGACAACCUCAUUAGCAACAUUAACAUCCCACACGAACCCGUCGGCCAGCGACCCGAACAAUAAUCCGCACGACCCCUCGCCCAGUCUCGCGUCCAUCCAGCUGCCGCCAGAGAUAAUCGACUACGUGGACGCCUCACGCAAUCCAGACAUCUACACGCGCGAGUUUGUCGAGCUGGUGCAGCGCGGCAACCAGGAUCUCAAGGGGAAACAGGCUGCGUUUGCGAGUUUCCGUGACGUGUUGGCGCGGGAGAUGAGGGGGGCAAUGCCCGAGUGUACGCAUGAAGUCAACCGGGCGGUUGAGGCGACGGGGGGGGUCAUUGACUGA